AUGCAAAAACUAAACCUCCCAACCAACUCCUCCAUCUCUGUAACCCUCUCUCAAAAUGAUCUCCGCACUCAUACCACCGCUUCCUGCUCCCCCACCUUCACCGAAGAUUCUCUCCUCCUCAAUGGCUUUCCCCAAGAUAUCUCCAAUGCCCGCACUCAAGCCUGUUUCCGCGAGCUUCGCUCUUUACGUUCCGCACUCGAAGAUUCCGAUGCUUCGCUCCCAAAACUCUCCUCUUACCCCUUGAGGAUCAUCUCGGAGAACAACUUCCCCACAGCUGCAGGUCUCGCUUCUUCCGCUGCUGGUUUCGCAGCUCUGGUUAGAGCUAUCGCCAACUUGUAUGAAUUGCAAUCUAGCCCUACCGAACUCUCGAGAAUCGCAAGACAGGGAAGUGGCUCUGCUUGUCGUUCUUUGUUUGGAGGAUAUGUGGCUUGGGAGAUGGGUCAAAAGGAAGAUGGUUCUGAUUCCGUUGCUGUCGAAGUAGCACCUGCUUCUCACUGGCCCAACAUGCGGGCUCUUAUCCUCGUUGUUUCUGCCGAGAAGAAGGGAGUUUCCAGUACCUCUGGUAUGCAAAUUACAGUCGCGACAUCGAAACUUUUCAAACAGAGAGCAGACAAUGUGGUUCCAGAACACAUGAAGGAAAUGGAACGGGCAAUUAAGGAUAAAGACUUCGAGCGAUUCGCAAAGGUUACUAUGAUGGAUAGUAAUAGUUUCCAUGCAACAUGUUUGGAUACUUUCCCACCCAUUUUCUAUUUGAAUGACGUUAGUAGAGCAGCAAUCAGAGCCGUGGAGGAUAUUAAUAGUGCCGCUGGAACGACCGUUGCGGCAUAUACUUUUGAUGCUGGUCCAAACGCUGUUAUUUAUUUCGAGGAGGAGAACCUUGGAUUAGUAGCUGGUACAUUGAAGACUGUCCUUGCAGGUGUGGACGGAUGGAAUGGAAAGGACGUUGAGCGCAAGGCUGCAGAACAUAUUGAUGAGAGAGCCCGGAAGGUACUCCAGGAUGGUGUCAGUAGAGUAAUUUUGACUGGUGUUGGUGGAGGACCCGAGAAGACUGAGAAGCAUUUGAGCGCUUGA